UCUUAUAGUUUCGGUUGGGGUUUUAUUCUUCACUUCAGUCUUCCUCCGCUCAGUUACAGCCCCGAUAAAGCAUCAUAUAGCCUAAUAAGGAUUUCGUGAGAUACUUGCUGGCGUUAUGUGGCUGCGGUGCACUUCGAGACGCCUGCUAACUUGUUUUCGUGUGUUAAAGCACAGGCGUCUAAAUGCGUCGUCUUGGAGCAGUAACGUAGCUACUGCUAUGCCCGAAGCUCUGGGCUUUCAGGGAGUCACGGACCACGCCACGCUCCACGACUUCUCCCUCACGCACAAUGACAGUUUUUGGGAAGCUAUGGCCAAGCAAAGACUCACCUGGAUCAGCGACUAUUCCAAGGUGCAGGACUGCGACCUGAGACGAGGCAAAGUCAACUGGUUUGUGGGAGGAAAGCUUAACGUGUCUGUGAACUGCCUGGACCGUCAUGUACUCACCUGUCCUGACAAAGUGGCCCUCAUCUGGGAGAGAGACGAGCCGGGGUCAGAGGUCAAAGUCACGUACAGGGAGUUGUUGGAAAUGACAUGUCGUCUUGGCAACCUGCUGCGACGUCGUGGGGUAAAGAAAGGAGACUGUGUGACCAUCUACAUGCCCCCCUGCCCCCUGGCCGUAGCCUCCAUGUUGGCGUGUGCACGGAUCGGCGCCGCACAUAACGUGGUGUUUGCAGGAUUCAGCUCAGACUCUUUGGCGGAGCGCAUUAGAGACGCCAACUCCAGUACAGUGAUCACAGUGAACCAGGGGGUCCGAGGGGGAAAGAUGAUAGACCUGAAGAAGACAGUGGAUGAAGCUGUAGACACCUGUCCAAAUGUUCGACAGGUGUUCAUCGCCAUGAGAACAGAGACUCCGGUUGCUAUGAACAACAGGGACGUCGCUAUGGAAGAGGAGAUGAUGCAGGAGGAUGUGGUCUGUGAACCCGCUGUUAUGGACAGUGAAGAUGUUUUAUUUAUGCUUUACACAUCAGGCAGCACUGGCAAACCUAAAGGACUCGUCCACACUCAGGCUGGAUACCUCCUUUACACCUCAUUAACACACAAGUAUGUUUUUGAUUACCAUGAUGGAGAUGUGUUUGGUUGUGUGGCUGAUAUUGGCUGGAUAACCGGACAUAGUUACUGUGUCUACGGGCCUCUGGCAAAUGGAGGAACUACUGUUUUGUUUGAAAGCACUCCUGUUUAUCCAAACCCAGGAAGAUACUGGGAGAUGGUUGAGCGACUACAGAUUAACCAGUUUUAUGGAGCUCCAACAGCCAUCCGCCUGCUGCUCAAGUACGGAGACCAAUGGGUGCACAAAUACGACCGCUCCUCCCUCAAAACACUGGGCUCUGUGGGCGAGCCAAUCAACAGAGAAGCCUGGGAGUGGUACCACAAGGUGGUGGGUGAUGGUCGCUGCCCCAUAGUAGAUACAUGGUGGCAAACAGAGACAGGUGGCAUCUGCAUUGCACCGCGGCCAUCAGAUCCGGACGCUGAGAUUGUCCCAGGAAUGGCCAUGAGACCCUUCUUUGGCAUCAAGCCAGUGCUCAUAGACAAUGAGGGAAAGGAGUUGACGUCUAAAAGUGCAUCUGGAGCUCUGUGUCUGGCUCAGCCUUGGCCUGGUAUGGCCCGAACUAUUCACAACAACCACCAGAGGUUCAUAGAGACGUACUGCCAGCCCUUCCCUGGGUACUUCUUUACAGGAGAUGGGGCCAGUCGAACUGAAGAGGGUUACUAUCAGAUCACUGGUCGAUUAGAUGAUGUCAUUAACAUCAGUGGACACAGAAUUGGGACAGCAGAAAUAGAGGAUGUUGUGAAUCACUGUCCUGCUGUGGCUGAGUCAGCGGUCAUUGGUUACGCACAUGACAUAAAAGGGGAAGGGGUGUAUGCUUUUGUGGUGCUGAAAAAAGGAGUCGACAUUACAGAGGCCAAAUUACACCAACAGCUCAAAGGCAGCGUAUCAAAGUCUAUAGCCAAAUACGCCUGUCCAGACUACAUUCAGGUUGCUACACGCUUGCCCAAAACGCGCUCGGGUAAGAUAAUGCGCCGUGUGCUGCGUAAAGUGGUAGAGAACGACUUGAAUGGGCUGGGAGACCUGAGCACACUGGAUGAUCCCACUGCAGUUCAGGAGAUCAUCCAGGGACACCGGGCUCUGUGCAAUAAACCAUAACCACAAGUGUCUUAAAAAUACAGAUGUUUUAAUAUUUUUCUGAGAUGAUGAAACAGUGCAAAUAAAAUUCCAGACAAUAUUGUAUGUCAUGUAAAAAACCUUAGAUUAACUUAAAAUGUAUUAUACUUUUUUGUACAAUUAACAAAUUAUUUUAGAUAUUUGUAAUAAAUGUAAACACUACCAUUAAGGCCUGAUAA